AUGAAAUUUGACAUACUUUUGAGCGCACUUUGUGCUUCUACUGCCCUGGUGGCUGCUAACCCACUUCUGCGUAGGGCUUCAUCAUCCAAUGUAUCGACAUCCACAAACUACACACAGACCGCAACCAUAACGGACGCUGCCUCCGCCACUGACAGUGUGUUGACGGUGACACAGGGUCGGUUUGGUGCGUUGUUCAAACCCAAGGUGAUGGUUAUUAACAUGUUCACACCUGAAGAAAGCGCAUGGGUGAAGAACCUGGACCUUAAAUAUAACAUCUCUGUGCCUAUGCUUUCGCCUGAAUACCCUUUUGUGCACUCGAACGCAAACUACACAAUCAUGUCUCUAACCACUGGUGAAGGUGAGAUCAACGCUGCUAGUACCAUCACCGCUCUUUCCCUUUCGCCUUUGUUUGAUUUGACCGAAACUUAUUUUGUUGUGUCCGGGAUUGCUGGUGGCUCUCCAGACUUGACGACCAUUGGUUCCGUGACGUACCCCAAGUAUGGUGUUCAAGUCGGCAUGCAGUACGAGAUAGACUCCCGUGAAAUUCCUGCCAACUGGUCCUAUGGGUAUGUUAACUUCAAAACAAAUCAAACCAAUAUGUACCCAGGUACAAUUUAUGGUACUGAGAUUUUCGAACUCAACGAAGUCUUGAGAGACAGAGCCAUGCAUGUGGCCUCCAACGUCACCUUGAACAACGGUACGAGCGGCAAUGUGGCUUUCCGUCAAAGGUAUAAUUCCUCUUUGGCUGCUUAUAACGCUCCAAAACUUGUUGCCUGCGACACUGCCACUUCCGAUGUGUACUGGUCCGGAGCGAUCUUGGAGAAGGCAUUUAGUGAUUUUGUGACUACCGUCUCGAACAGCUCGGCAACGUACUGCUCUACUCAGCAAGAGGACAACGCUUCGUUGGAAGCGUUUUUGCGUGCUGCAAAGCACGGUUUGGUCGACUACUCGCGUAUCGUGGUGAUGCGUGGUAUCUCCGAUUUCGAUAGAGCUCCUCAAGGCUUGAACGCAACCGAUUUCUUCUUUUCCAAGAGUCUACAAGGUGGCAGUAGUAGUGCUUUUGCCAACUUGUACGCGGCUGGUCUUCCAUUUGUUGAAGAUAUUGUGGCCAAUUGGGAUACUUUGUACGCUGAAAACAAAUUCACGCCAAAGAACUACAUUGGAGACUACUUCGGCACCCUGGGAGGUGUUCGUAACUUUGGUUUGUGA